AUGAACCCGUCGGCGGCCUUGUGGCCGCGGCUACACCUCUUGUCCAUAUCCCAGACCCACCGGAGGCUCUCGCGCCCCUUGAAGGCCGGGACUACUAGAGACCGUACCUUCUCUGCCUCUGCCACCGCCCUAAUCUCCAGAAGACCACACAACUUCAACGGCGGUUUCAGCAGCAGUUAUGACCCCAGCGAGGACACCGGCAGAGGGCCCAUGUUUACGAGGCCAACUUUCGGCGUUCCACAGUUCUAUCCCCGCGACCUGAAGGCGCGUGUCGAUGAGUAUGUUGUCGGCCAGGACAGGGCCAAGAAGACGAUAUGCUCCACCAUAUUCAACCAUUACCAGGGUCUGCGGAGGAGGAAGCAUGACCAGGACUUGGAGAUCAGGGCUCUGGAGAGGGUAUCACGGCAGAAGUGGGCGCGCGACAGAGACCGCUACCACGAAUCACAUCGUGAACCGCAUCCCGUCGAGGGUAGGCCAGACCCUUCCAAGGUUGCCUGCCCAUGUGCUGAUGAAAUGCCCUGCGCCCCCUGUCUAGAUGAGUUCCCAGGCCACCACGAGACCAUACAGCAGAGCCAACAACAUAUAGACCUUGCUGCCGAUUUCUAUAUUCCAGACGACCCAGAUGUACCUCACCAUACGACACUAGACAAGUCCAACUUGUUGUUGAUAGGACCGACGGGAGUUGGCAAGACUUAUAUACUAGAGACCCUGAGCAAGAAGCUGAACGUUCCCUUCACGAUCUGCGACUGCAACUCCUUCACACAAGCCGGAUAUAUAGGCCAGGAUGUCGAGAGCUGUAUCGAAAGACUCCUCAUCGAAGCAAGCUACGACACAAGGGCGACGGAACACGGCAUCGUAGUGCUCGACGAAUUCGACAAGAUCGCAAGGAGAGAAACUACAAACGGCCGAGAUGUCGGCGGAGAAGGUGUACAACAGGCGCUUUUGAAACUCGUGGAGGGUACAAAGGUCACUAUCAAUGUUAAAGACAACAGGUCUUCCCGGUCAGCCGCCCCGAUAACGAGCAACUAUGGCUCUGGAAACUCGGGCCUGGCACCGCCCUCGCCCCCCGUGGCCGGCAGAACGGACCAAUAUACCAUCGACACCAAAAACAUCCUGUUUGUCUUCUGUGGAGCAUUUGUCGGGCUCGACAAGCAUAUCUUGGCGAGGGUAUCGAAGCCGUCGAUGGGGUUUGAGGCUGAAAUAGGCAGGGGCCGGUCAUCAAAGGAGGGAAAUAAGACCGUCCUGCCCGUGGAUAUGUAUUCUCACUUGCCUCAUCAGCAUGUCGCACCCAACAAGCCCGGACCAGCCGGAUUCACCCCAAUGGAUUUGACGACGCCGGAAGACCUACAGGCUUAUGGAUUCAUCCCGGAGCUGAUCGGCCGGCUGCACAACAUCUGUGCACUGUCACCAUUGUCUCAGGAUGAGCUCUUCCAGAUUCUGACAGUCCCCCGAAACGGACUAGUCGCGCAGUACACUGCCCUGUUUGAGACAUAUCCGAGCAGAUUGUACUUCACCCGGCGGGCACUUCUCGCCAUUGCUGAGCGGGCCCUGAAGAACGGGACCGGAGCCAGAGGGCUCAGGAUGGAAAUGGAAAGGGUUUUGGCUGAGCCGAUGUACGAAGCCCCCGUCCACCAUGUUCUCAUCACGGAGGCCUGUGUGAGGGGCCAGGAGAAGGCUGGAUAUUGGGGAAGAGACGGGUGGCUGGAGGUAGAGAGACGGAUGAGGGAAGAAGAUGAACCUCUGGAGCCCGACAACGCGGCCGCCUCCAGCUUUGAGGAGUACCGAGAGGCAGGACAAAGCGGUGAAUAA